AGAUCGCUCGGCGGCUAGCCGCACGCGCGCAGCCCGGGGAUGCUGAAGCGGGUGCGAUGGCUCCCGCCAUGCAGUCUACCGAGCUCCAGUUCGCACAGCGGCUGGCCUCCAGUGAGAAGGGCGUCCGCGACCGCGCCGUGAGGAAACUGCGGCAGUAUCUCAGCGCAAGGACGCAGAGCGACACAGGAAGUUUCAGUCAGGAAGAACUCCUAAAAAUAUGGAAAGGACUCUUCUACUGCAUGUGGGUGCAGGACGAACCCCUUCUGCAGGAGGAGCUAGCGAACAUUAUUUCCCAACUCAUCCACGUUGUUAACAGCUCCGAGGCUCAGCACCUGUUUAUUCAGACCUUCUGGCAGACCGUGAAUCGAGAGUGGCAAGGGAUAGACAAGCUGCGACUGGACAAGUACUACAUGCUGAUCCGCCUGGUCCUGAGGCAGUCCUUCGAAGUUCUCAAGCGGAAUGCCUGGGAAGAGAGCCAAAUCACACUGUUUCUGGACAUCCUGAUGAAGGAGAUCCUGAGUCCCGAGAGUCGGUCCCCCAACGGAGUGAGAUCCCACUUGAUUGAUGUGUACUUGGAUGAGCUCUCCACUGUGGGAGGGAGAGAGCUCUUAGCUGAUCAGAACCUCAAGUUAAUCGAUCCGUUCUGCAGAAUUGCUGCCAAGACUAAGGACCACACGCUGGUACAGACUGUAGCGAAGGGUGUCUUUGAAGUCAUUGUAGAUCAGUCUGCCUUUGUACCUGAAGAGUCUGUGGAAGAGCAGAAAACCAAAGAGGAUGGCAAUGGCCUCCCUGCAAAUGAGCUGGCCUGUCAAAAGGUGGUCGGUGGGAAGAAGACUGCACUGGACGAAUGCCUCAGAGAUGGAGUCAUUGGCAGCAGAGAAAGAGACAUCUGUGCAGCCUUGAAAGAUUCAGGGUCACCUCUCCAGUUUGACUAUAAGGCUGUUGCUGAUCGACUCCUGGAGAUCGCCAACUCGAAGAGCACCCCUCCCUUCAACAGGAAGCGACUCUGCAGACUAGUCAGAAAGUUCCAGGACCUCUCUGAAGGCAAUGGUGCUCAACUUAGUUUUGCUGAGGAUAUUUCUGCUGGUGAAAAUGGUCAAGCCCUCAGUCAGAGAAGGCACAAGAGGAAGAGAAAGAAGCUUUUAGAGAGAGCUGCUUUAGAACGGGAGGAAGGAAACACAGUCUCUGCUGCUGGUGAAGAGGACGGCGGGGGUCACAUUCACAAGAGGAAAAGGAAAAAGAGGAAAAGGAGCCACUUCCAGUCUGACACUCAGGACCUGGGUUCUGUUGCCGAGGCUGCAGUACCUAGUGCUGACAGUGAGCCUGGUGCCGCCCAGAGGCAUGCACUGCAAGCCUGCGUGGCGGCCCCUACAGCAGAGGCCACAUCCAACACCAGGGAGAACAGUUCCGAGCCUACACCCGCCACGCCCAUCCACAGUAAAAGGAAACGGCAGAGAAAGAAGAACCUGAGGGCCCACAGAGAGAUCUGGAAAUCCACCACUCUACCUCAGGAGGACGUGUCAAAGAAUGACCCUGCCAGUGGGCAGCCUCAGACUGCUCUCAUUUCUUCCUCAGAAGGUGGCCAAGCCCGGAAAAGGAAGCGGAAACUCGGAGCUCUCCCUGUCAGUAGUGGUGACCUAACCGUACAGAAGGCAGGUACUCCAGCAAGCCCAGUGGAGGGAAAUGAUGGCCAGACCACCCUGCCCCGGUGCAAGAGGUCACAAAAGAAGACAGCAUCCAACACCCUUGACCACUAUGAUCCGUCCAGUCAAAAAACAGCAAUCUCAAAAAAGAGAAAAAAGAUGAAGCAGACGUCCAACGGUGUGUUGGAGUGCAGCGCUGGGCAGAUCCAAGCUCUGGGAAGCAACAGGACUCUGAAGAAGCCACUGAAAAUGGAGGACGACCUUGUGAAGUUUGACACCAGAUUCUUACCAAAGGCCCUGUUCUUCAGGAAAGCCAAGAACAGCUCUGCCACCCGUCCCCAAGGUCCUACUGUCCAGCUGAAUAAAACACCCUCCAGUUCCAAGAAAGUCACCUUUGGAUUGAACAGAAACAUGACAGCAGAAUUUAAGAAGACAGACAAGAGUAUCCUGGUCAGCCCCACGGGCCUCUCCAGAGUGGCAUUUAACCCCGAGCAGAGGCCACUCCACGGAGUGUUGAAGACUCCCACAAGCUCCCCGGCCAGCACGCCUCUAUCAACCAUGAAGCUACCAGCAACUACCCCAAAGAGAAGGCCAAGGGCUGCGGACUUCUUCUGAGAGCCAGAAUCCCUUUUGGAGGACUGCUUUUAUACUGGAUAUUCUAUAAAUUAUAACUUUUAAAUGUGGGCUUUUUAAUUAUUUUACAAAUAUCCAUGAAUGGGACAAUGUUUUGAACCUGGACUGCAGGCCACUCCUGCUAGGCUUGCAGCCAUGGUUCCUGUCUGAGUCCACGCACACCCUCACCAGAAGGACUAGGUGCUGUUGGUACAUGGAGCCCCCUCGGUGCCCAUUGCUGCACCUGCCACAGUAGAUUGCCUUCCUGGGCAUCUGCUGUCUCAGUCUAUCUCCUUGUGAAAGCAUGUCAGCCUCAGGCACGUCUGGGCAUUUGGCUGUUUGUCCUGGCGAUGACUCUUGGAACUGAAUGAGCAAUGGUGUAGCUUUUCUACGGGUGACCAGCAGGAGGGUGGGCAGGUGUGAGGUGGGGAAAGCCACUUAUCCACGAGGCUUUUCCUCCUCUGCCUGGCCUGUCCCUGUCCCUGUCUUCCUACCUCUAUAGCAAGCCCAAAGUGUCUUUUCCGGAGGGCCAGUGCCCCCCAGGCUGCUGCCCACGUUAGCACAUUGUCUUCCCAGGCCUCAGGCACAGUUCCUAACUGUGAGUGAGCCUAGGGCCUCCCUGACUGCACCAGCGGUGUCUGGACCCCAGGUUCUUGCCUGACUGGGAAGUCGGCCGCCCAGGAGGGGAUGCACUCCCAGCUGUCUGUUACCUGCCUCCACGCAUUUAACUUGGUGCAGAACCCAGGGAGCCACUCAGGCUUCCAUCCAAACAAAUCUGGCUCCUCCUCUAGAGCAAGGCCUACUUGGCAAUUGCUCUUGUUAAAGGAAACCACCUUGGGUCUGAGGGAUGGAGAGGCCUCAGAAUUAAGCACAACAGGAGGCCCAGCACCUGGUUUUACCAUCAGGAGCUGCUGGCUUGACAUGGCAAGGCCAAGGCCCUAUAUCUCAAAGUCCUAUCCAUUUGCCUACUGUGCUCAGGGCAUCCCCAGGUCUGUCUUACUCUGUGCACCCUGUGCAGGAGCCCCACUUUAAGCACCGCUGCUCCUCAGUAGAGGGUAGCAGCUCACUGCCAAUGGGAUCGCAGAGUUCAGGCACCACCUCUGGCCUCGCCUCACACAGUCAAAGGUCCACGUCCAAGUCUUGAACCAGCUGACUCCUAAAUGCCAUUCCCGAUGGGAGUGAAGCAGUGACUUUGUCCUUUGCCUGCUCAGUCAUAAAGUAUACCACUAGGCCAUAAGGAUGGAGGUAACGCCUUACUAACGUCACAGUAGGUCAUGCGCAGUGUAACGUGCCUGGUUACAGCAUGCUGGGUUUACGUUCAAAGCUGACACCUGUCUACGAAGGUUAGGGUCAAGGCAGCAAACGCCUCGCUUCCUAUUUUAAAAGUUCACUCACUGAGCCCAGCCCUCUUCUCUGUUUUAAAGAUGGGGUAACAGAGCCAAGUGGGUCAUACAGCCCAGCGGUGUGGAGCAGUACACCAGGCGGCAGGGAUAGAAUCAACCUCGCACCGUUUUCACGAUGGCAGCCCAUCCUCAGGAACCGUGAGUGUUCUGGGAGCACACCUACCAAAUUGCUUCCAGGACGGAGGGUUAGACCUCAGUGCUGGGCACAGGUGGGCACCGCCAUGCCUAGCAGAAAAGAUUUCUGUUUAUCUCUCAUGCACAGCACAGGAAGGCUCUGCCAUGUGAAGGAGUGCUUUAGAAUGCCGUCCUGGUCCUUGGUGCAGAUCAUUUUCUCAAUUCCUUCUUCAAAUCCAGAGAAGCAAAUCUUAGUGCUGGUGACCGGGUUGAUUUUUGGUAAAAGACUAUCUCCAUCCUUAGUAUGAGUUGUGAUCGGUUCUGCACAAUUCGGUUUCAAACUUACCUUUUUCUUUCCCUUUAAAAACAACAAGAACCAAGGUUUCCUUAUGUAUCCUAUCCCAUACUGGUCCCACACUGGUGGUCCUCCUGCCUCAGCCUUGCUAGGGCUGGGACACAGUAUCACCUUUCUGAACAGAAGCACAGAAGUAGCAUGAGGGGGAUUGGGAAACAGUUGCCUGCCUGGGAAGUGGGUCUGUGUUCUCUCUAACUGCCGCAGUUCUGUUUGUUUACCAUCAAAUUGUAUCGGUGUCUCCAGGGCUUGGCGGUACAAAUCAAAGCCAAGACCAAUUAAAAGAAAUGUUUUUAUCUUUGG